GAAGCGGGGUGAAGGAGGAAUUUCAGUAACAGCACUAAAUAACGCGGUGCAGAAAGCGAACUGCGCGCAAACACGGACGUCUUUACACAAGUUUCUGAAACAAAACAAUCUGCCGUCUGAUUUGGAGACGAGGAUCUUAUGGGACAGGAGCUCCACAAAGUCUGAAGGACGUCCGAAAGUGCGCACACGUCUUAUUUUUCACUUAUUUCUUUCAUGUAUUGGAAAAAUGAGAUUUUGGCCCCUCUGUCAGAGGGAAAUCGAUUUUUAUCCGAAGGAAUUCACGCAAAACAGUCCCACUCCGACGGCGAGUCUCAGAGGUCGGUGAUGGAGAAAGAGGAACCGCGCUGCUCUCCCAGUCCUCCGUCCACACCGUCCAUCUGCUCGCCCACAUCCAGCGCCUCCGCCUCGUCCGUUCCCUCCACCGGCAAGAACGUGUGCGCGAGCUGCGGCCUCGAGAUCCUCGACCGGUACCUGCUCAAGGUGAAUAACCUAAUGUGGCACGUGCGCUGCCUGGAGUGCUCAGUGUGCAGGACUUCACUCCGCCAACACAGCAGCUGCUACAUCAAGAACAAGGAGAUCUUCUGCAAAAUGGAUUAUUUCAGUAGGUUUGGUACUAAGUGUGCCCGCUGUGGGCGCCAGAUCUACGCCAGCGACUGGGUGAGGCGCGCUCGGGGGAACGCUUACCAUCUAGCCUGCUUCGCCUGCUUCUCCUGCAAACGGCAGCUUUCCACUGGAGAGGAGUUCGGCCUGGUGGAGGAAAAGGUGCUGUGCAGGAUUCACUACGACACCAUGGUGGAGAACCUGAAGCGGGCUGCUGAGAGCGGAAGCGGCCUCACUCUGGAAGGAGCCGUGCCAUCGGAGCAGGACAGUCAGCCCAAACCAGCUAAACGCGCUCGCACCUCCUUCACUGCCGAGCAGCUGCAGGUGAUGCAGGCUCAGUUUGCUCAGGAUAACAACCCUGAUGCUCAGACGCUGCAGAAACUUGCCGACAUGACGGGACUGAGCAGACGAGUCAUACAGGUUUGGUUUCAGAACUGUCGAGCGAGACACAAAAAGCACACGCCGCAGCACGGCGGCCCUCCGCAGGCCCAUCCACAGGCCCGCAUGCCCCCGUCGUUGCCUGACGAGCUUCAUUACUCGCCCUUCGGCAGCCCGGAGAGAGCACGCAUGGUGGCUCUGCGUGGCUACAUCGACAGUCAUCCGUUCUCGGUGUUGACCACACAGAGUCUCCCCCACCAGGCCAUGUCUUUGCCACAGCUGCCCCUCAGCCGCUAACGACCCCGCCACAUCGACCCCUGACCCCUCGACCCUGACCUCCCGCUCUCUGACUUCCGUCCGCUCUUCAGAGGUCGCCUCUGGCUGAACGUCAGGGUGAGCGUCCCCGCAUGCUCUUGACCUCUGACCUCACCAGUAGAGGGGGCGUUUCCUCCUGCCUUUCUGUAGACGGGAUUUUCCUCACCUGCAGGCGAGUCUCACACACCUGUGACCCGUUAGCUUCGGCCCGGAACCUCGUUAACAAGAACCGAGACCAGGAUUUGGACCUCAUACGUGCACGCUGAAGAGUGACCAUGAGUUUGAGUCGGACCGCUCGGAAACAUUCGGAGAACCUUCAGGUUUCUUACUGCAGGAUUAAGACAGAAUGAAAGACGUGAGAUUUGUGGAGUGAAACUCGGCGUGAAGAUUCAUGUCACGCUUAAAAACAACAACAUAAAUAUGUCAGUGAUUAUUGUCGAGUAUCUCGCUGGACGUUUGUUCUGAAGUGUUUACACGGAUCUACUGCACAGACCACAUGUGCCAUCUCUCUCGU